AUCUUUAAUUAAUUAAAUAAAAUGCUUGGAUCAUACAAGAGAUAUUGGGAGCCAUCUCUUACAGAAGUAGUUGGUCUUUCAGUGCCAGUAGGUGCAGUUGCCACAUUCCUUACUUAACCAUUGGAAUUUGUUAAAACUAGAAUCUAAGUUAGAACCGAAGGAAUUGGUUUGAGAUAAUUGAAAAAUGAAUUGGGAGUGAAUCCAUGGAGAAUAUUCAGAGAGAUUCAUGAAACUGGAGGUGGUUUGGCUCAUUUUUAUUAUGGAUUUGACGCAGCAAUAUACAGUAGAUUGGGGCUAUCUCUUUAUCAGAAACUUUUUAUAUAAAGCAAUAUACGAUUAAGUUAAGCCAGUCAAACCAUUCAACGAUUUGACACUCAGAGAAAAGGCUGUUCUUUCUGGAUCUGUUGGAGCAUUUGCUGCUUUUGUUACAUCUCCAUUCGAAUUAGCUCAAGUCAGAAUGAUUGCUGACGGUGGUCUCCCCCAACCAAUCAGAAGAAAUUACAAAUCCGCAUUCGAUGCCAUUAAUAGAAUCUAAGUUGAAGAAGGAGGAAGCAGAGCAUUGUUCAGAGGAGCCUUUGCUCAUGUGGUCAAAUUGGCAGCCUUGAACGUAUCCUUAACUGGACCAUAUGAUUACAUGAAGGAAAAAAUUUGGUUGGUUUUCGGAGAUUUUGGAUUCAACCACUUCCUUGCAUUAACUUGGGCUUCAUUUUGGGCAACUCUUUUCACCCUACCAUUAGAUAAUGUCCAAACCAGAGUUCUUAAGGCAUUCCCAGAUCCCUCUAAAAAUAGAUUAAAUUACUAAAACUAUUUGGAUGUCUUCAAGCAAAUCUUCUUCUAUGAAAGAAUCCAUGGAUUUUAUGCAGGUGCUGUCCCCUACUAUGGCAAAAUGUUCUUAACAGCUUGGUUAACAUGCACCUUAGUCAAUGGAGUCAUGGAUAGUCAAAAGAGAGCUGCAGGAUUGGAAGAAUGGCAAAUUUGAUUAAUUAUAAAUCAAACACAAUUAUCAUAAUAAUUCUUCUUUGUUA